AUGUCUAGUUCUACUGCCGCUCCCUCUCUCAAGAAGUUUGUCGUUUGGGCACCAGACUCCUCAGAGCCUGACACGUUCGAGCGUCGUACAGCCAUGCGCGCUCGGCAUUUGGAGGGUGCUCGUGAACUUCGCAAGCAGGGCUUAAUCUGGACGGCGGGACCUAUGGUGGCUCCCGAUACCGUUGAUGCGCCACUUGCUGAGAAAAAGCUGAUUGGGUCUGUACUCGUUUGCGAAGCUGAUAACAUCGAAACGGUGAAGAAGGCCGUAUACUCGGAUAUUUACUACCUGGAGAAUAUUUGGGACAAGGAGAAGUUGACUAUUGUGCCUUGGCUCACCGUCAACUUAGAUUAG